AUGAGGUUUUCAAUCGCCAGCAUCAUCGCCCUAAUUACCCCGCUGACGCUCGCGGCCGACUCCCUUGAGUACAAGGCAACGCCAGCGGGACAAGUUAUCAAAGAUGGUGUCAAGCUGAGAAUACUUCCCGUGGGUGAUUCUAUCACUGUGGGAUAUCUGAGCAGCGAUGGAAAUGGCUACAGGCUCAAACUUGAUGAGGACCUCUCUGCCAACGAAGUUGUAUUUGCCGGUACAGUCUAUGGUGGAAACAUGAGCGAUGGAUACUAUGCUGCUUGGUCUGGAAAAACGAUCAAGUACAUCGCCGACAACGUAGGCCCAUCCCUGGUUCAAAGACCCAACAUCAUUCUCCUCCACGCCGGCACCAACGACAUGAACCCGAACCCGGCAGUCUCCACCGAAGGCAACGACCCGGCCGCUGCCGCCGAGCGCCUGGGCUCUCUCAUCGACCAAAUGAUCACCGCGUGCCCCGACGCCACUAUCCUCGUCGCCCAAAUUGUCGACACCUGCAGCGCCGAACAGGAACCCGCGACAGUCCAGUAUCAGAAGCUCAUCCCGGGCAUUGUCGAGCAGCGCAGAAACGCCAGCCACCACGUCCUCGCUGUGGACUUUGCGGCUUUAGGUACCGGCAUUCUGAGAGACGAUUGCAUUCAUCCGACGGAUGAGGGUUACCGUACAAUGGGUGACUAUUGGUACGACUUUAUCGCGCAGAUUCCCAAGGAUUGGGUCACUCAGCCGAUAGGCGAUGACCCGGAUCGAUCAAAGGAUGAGGCUGCGCGCGCGACGGCGCCGUGGGCUCGUCUUCCCAAAGAUGGGUAA